AUGCCUUUCCAUGUGGAGGGUCUGGUAGCUAUCAUUGUGUUCUACUUGGCAAUCCUAUUUGUUGGAAUAUGGGCUGCUUGGAGAACCAAAAAUGCUGGAAACGAUGGUGAUCGUAGAGAAGCUAUUAUCGUUGGUGGAAGAGAUAUCGGUUUGCUGGUUGGUGGAUUUACUAUGACGGCCACCUGGGUCGGUGGAGGUUACAUCAAUGGGACUGCUGAGGCUGUGUAUUUGCCGGGAUAUGGACUAGCUUGGGCACAGGCACCCAUUGGAUAUGCUCUUAGUCUGGUUGUAGGUGGCUUGUUCUUUGCAAAGCCGAUGCGUUCCAAAGGCUAUGUGACAAUGUUGGACCCGUUUCAGCAAAUUUACGGAAAACGAAUGGGAGGGCUUAUCUUCAUACCUGCAUUAAUGGGGGAAAUGUUCUGGGCUGCAGCCAUCUUCUCUGCUUUGGGUGCCACCAUAAGCGUGAUCAUUGACAUCAACGUCAAUAUUUCAGUUAUUAUUUCUGCCCUAAUUGCAAUUCUAUACACACUGGUGGGGGGACUUUACUCAGUAGCCUAUACUGAUGUGGUCCAGCUGUUCUGCAUUUUCCUGGGACUGUGGAUCAGUGUUCCCUUUGCAAUGUCCCAUCCUGCAGUGACAGACAUUGGGAUUACAGCUGUCCAUGAAGUGUACCAAAAGCCUUGGCUUGGCUUUGUUAAAACCCCUGAUGUCUACACAUGGCUUGACAAUUUCCUCUUGCUGAUGUUAGGAGGAAUUCCAUGGCAAGCAUAUUUUCAGAGAGUCCUUUCUUCUUCAUCUGCCAUGUAUGCUCAAGUGCUGUCAUUUCUGGCAGCUUUUGGAUGUCUUGUGAUGGCACUCCCUGCGAUUCUCAUCGGUGCCAUCGGUGCAUCAACAGAUUGGAACCAGACUGAAUAUGGUAUGAUAGAUCCCAAGACAAAAGAUGAAGCUGACAUGAUUUUACCAAUUGUCCUCCAGUAUCUUUGUCCAAUGUAUAUCUCCUUCUUUGGCCUUGGCGCCGUGUCAGCUGCUGUGAUGUCAUCAGCCGAUUCUUCUAUCUUAUCAGCAAGUUCUAUGUUUGCACGGAAUAUUUAUCAACUUUCAUUUCGGCAAAGUGCAUCGGACAAGGAAAUAGUCUGGGUCAUGCGGAUGACCAUUUUCUUCUUUGGAGCAUCAGCAACAGCAAUGGCCUUGCUCGCUAAGUCGGUUUAUGGACUCUGGUACCUGAGCUCUGACCUGGUUUACAUCAUCAUCUUCCCCCAGCUCUUGUGUGUCCUUUUUAUCAAAGGAACCAACACCUAUGGUGCUAUUGCUGGAUAUUUGUUUGGUCUUCUACUCCGAAUUACAGGAGGAGAGCCAUAUCUCUACUUGCAGCCCUUGAUUUUCUAUCCUGGUUGGUACAAAGAUGACGAUGGCCUGUACAUUCAGAGAUUUCCUUUUAAGACUCUGGCCAUGCUCACCUCAUUCUUCACUAACAUUGGAGUAUCCUAUUUAGCUAAAUACUUGUUUGAAAGUGGCACCUUGCCACCAAAAGUAGACUUCCUGGAUGCUGUGGUUGCAAGAUACAGUAAGGAGAACAUGGACAAGACAACACUUGUGAAAAAUGACAAUAUAAUUCUAAAUGAGCUAGCCCCUGUGAACCCUCGGCACAGUUUGACUCUGAGCACCACGUUCACAAAUCGAGAGGCCUUCAGUGAUAUUGAUUCAAGCCCAGAAGUAUCCAAUGCAGAAGAUAAUUGA